UUCUCCGGCCACACUAAUAUUAGAUGCCAGUCAUCUUUUUGUUUGUCGUCGCUUUGGAAAUUCGCAUUUAGAGCCAAUAAUAUUUUCUAAUUGUCGCCAUGUCCGUGCGUGUGAUCAACGACGAGUCCCACUUCCGGGCGGAAUUGGCACAGGCAGGCGUUCGCCUAGUGGUGGUGGAUUUUACGGCCACUUGGUGCGGUCCCUGCCAGCGGAUUGCUCCCAUCUUCGAGAUGUUUCCGAACAAGUACCCCAAAGCGAUCUUCCUGAAGGUGGACGUAGACAAGUGCCAGGAUACGGCUGCCGGCCAAGGCGUUUCAGCCAUGCCCACUUUCAUCUUUUACAGGAACAGGACCAAAAUCGAUCGCAUUCAGGGGGCGGACGUGAAUGGACUGGAAGCCAAGAUCCAAGAGCACAUCGGUACCGAUGUCGGCGAGGAUGCUGGCGAGGACUACGGCCAGGGAUUAAUGGAGCUAAACACUUUCAUAUCGAAGCAGGAAUGCGAGUGCCUCAACGAAGCCGAUGACCAUAACCUAAAGCACGCCUUGGCCUCCGCCGGUGGCUACCUGCAGUCCGACUGCGACGAGCAGCUCAUCCUGUCCAUUACCUUCAAUCAGGCCGUCAAGAUCCAUUCGUUGAAGUUCAAGGCGCCUUCACAAUUGGGUCCCAAGGAUGUCAAGCUGUUCAUCAACCAGCCACGCACAAUUGACUUUGAUAUGGCCGAGUCCAUGACCAGCGUGCAGGAUUUGAGCCUGGCUGAGAAGGAACUGGAGAACGGCUUGCCCGUCAAUCUACGCUACGUCAAGUUCCAGAACGUGCAGAACAUCCAGAUUUUCGUGAAGAACAAUCAGUCGGGUGGCGAUGUGACGCAGAUCGACUACAUCGGCUUCAUUGGCUCCCCCAUCAUGACCACCAAGAUGAACGACUUUAAGAGGGUCGUCGGCAAGAAGGGCGAGAGCCACCGUUGAAAAAUUAAUCGAUUUCCCAUUGACAUCCCGGCAUUUCUCUUUAACUUUCGACUUACAACUAAGCAAUGUACAACAAAGGCAUAAAGAAUCAUACAAAAAAGGUUCAACAAUCGUUACCAGGUAA